AUGGCGUGCCGUGUGAACUUGAUCAAACCUCUCUUCUACUUUCUUGUCCUCUGUCAAGGUGUCUUGGCCAUUGACCUCAGCCAGUUGUGCGGCUCUAGCGACCCUAACCUCCUGAUCCCUCGUCAGUACACUGAGGAGGACCUCGACGAGACAAACGGCUACGUCAGUUUCCAUCCCGAAGGUGCCACCGAGGGCUUCAAAUACGACAACUAUGCACCUGUUGGAAUCCAAAGACACUACUAUCUCGACAUUGCCAAGCAUACGAUUGCGCCUGAUGGAAACCCUCGAGAGGCUCGUCUCUUCAAUGGCACCUACCCCGGACCCCUGAUUGAGGCCUGUUGGGGCGACACAGUCAUCGUCCAUGUCACCAAUAGCCUCGAUGACGAAGGUACUGUCAUUCACUGGCACGGUCUUCGUCAAUACUAUAGCAACGACCAAGAUGGCGUGGCCCUGACGCAGUGUCCUAUCGCUAGAGGUUCCACGUGGACGUACAACUUUACCAUGCUGCAGUAUGGUACUACCUGGUAUCACAGCCAUUACUCUGUGCAGUACGCCGAUGGCGUUCUCGGGCCCCUCGUGAUCCAUGGCCCGGCCAGCGCCCCCUAUGACGUUUCAUACGCAUGGCCGCACUUCAUGACGGACUGGGUACACAGACGGGCUGAGGAAGAGUUUGAAAACGAGAAGAGUUCCAAGGUCCGUGGAUCAAAAGCGGACAACAUCUUGUUGGAUGGUGUUGGCAGAGAUCCGAAAGCGACGUCUGCUUAUGAUGGCGAAGACAUUCGAUGGUUAUACCCCAUCACUGAGAUCCUUCCAGGGCAGAAGGUGCGGUUGCGAGUUAUCAAUGGGGCGGCCGGAACGUCGUUUAUCUUCUCCGUUGACGGACAUAAGAUAGAGGUCAUUGCCAAUGAUCUAGUGCCUGUUAAGCCAACAGCCGUUGACUCGCUUCUUGUCGCUAUCGGUCAACGGUACGAUGUCAUCAUCCAUGGCCUUCCGAACCCUUCCCCAGCAGGCAAUUACUGGAUUCGCACUACGCCAGCAGACGGCUGCAAUACGUUCCGCAACGGAGUCUUCAACAGCACCAACAGCACGAAUAAGGAACCUCUCGAUCCGCGAACCGGGAUCCUACACUAUGACAUCCCCAACGCCACGUACUUUUCUCUUCCCUAUUCAACCGAAAACAAGAUCCCAAACUACUCCUGUGCCCGCAUAGCGGAACAAAAUUCAUUCCACCCCGUAGUUGCUUGGAACGUCUCAAAAACACCGCUGAAUAACCUCGCCCUCUCGACCUUCUAUCCCGCUCACCAGACCAAGGAUGCCACCAAAUAUGGCAACUACACACACUGGCUGCUCCGUCUGGACCCCCUGAUUGAGAAGGAGAGAGCCGUCAAGUUUCACAAUCCCCUGUUCGUCAACUACAGCACUCCGUCGCUCCUCAACCUCACUAGUAUCGGUCAAGGGGAGAACGAUAAUGUCGUGCGGCUGCCCUAUUCUUCCAACUCCAAUGAAUUCAUCCACAUGGUCAUCGACGGCUCUUUGUUGCCUUCCACUAAGCAGACUGACUUGGAUCCGGACGUCAUUCCUCGCCUUGCACACCCGAUGCACUGGCAUGGGUCGGAUGUGGUUCUGUUAGCCCAGAGCGAGCAGCCAUUUGACCCGGAAACAUCCCGUGACACUUGGAAUUAUGAUAACCCGCCGAGACGUGACACUAUCAUGGCACCCGCGGGCGGGUAUGUCGCGGUGGCGUUCAAGCCGGAUAACCCGGGUGUGUGGCUAGUUCAUUGUCAUAUUGCGUGGCAUGCCAGUGCUGGGCUGGCGUUGCAGAUGGUUAUUGAUGACGGUCAUGGUAUGGUCCAGGGACUGCUGGACGAUGAGAAGUUGCAGAGAUUGCGAGAUGGGUGUGACGAGUGGAAGGCAGAUUUGGGUAGGAUCGUUGCUAAUAAGAAGGAGGAUUCGGGAGUGUGA